AUGUCCCCAAACCUGCAGACUGCUGCCAUCCCCGCGGCAACGGUUCAGUCCCAUGCAUCCAACCUACUCCAACUGCCCGACAAGACCCUACUAUGCGUCUGGUUCGGGGGCUCCCAGGAGGGACUCCCGGAUAUUAGCAUCUGGCUAUCUCGUCAAGAGCCUGGAACAACUUCCUGGUCGACGCCUCAGAAGAUAUCUUCUGACACCAACCGCAGCUGCCAGAACCCGGUGCUUUUCCGAGCACCCAAGACGGGAGAUAUCUGGCUCUUCCACACCUCUCAAGAUGCGGGCAACCAAGAUGGGGCCAUCGUAAUGGCCCGCACUUCAAGCGACAAUGGCAAGACGUGGUCAUCGCCCCACUAUUCCCUGAAAGGUGUCACCGGGGCUUUUGUGCGCCAACCUCUCGUCGUUCUCGGGGAUGAUACUUGGGUCCUUCCAGUUUUCCACUGCAGAUCAACACCAGGUCAGAGGUGGAUUGGGAACAAUGAUAUCUCUGCGGUGUUCUACUCCAAAGACGAGGGUCAAACAUGGAUAGAGAAUGUGGUGCCCAAUAGCAUUGGCUCUUCGGUGGGCAGACAAUGUCUACCGUUCAACAUCGCCAGAUGGCCUGAACUGGGCUCCUUCAAGCCGACAUCUCUUCCGAAUCCCAACAGCGGUAUCUGCGCCGCACGGCUAGCAUCAGGUAAACUGGCCAUCGUAUUCAACCGCUCCUUCGCCGAGCCUGACAUGGCCAAGCGAGAGGGCCUUUAUGACGACAUCACACCCGAAGAUGACAAGAGACCGAAUCAAGCUUCGGUGAAUGGCAAAAAUGCAAUUUGGGGAACCCCGCGUAAAACGCUUACGGUUGCUGUGUCCAGCGACGAUGGAUUGACAUGGAAGGAGAAGGUCCUUGAGGAAGGCGAUGGGUUUUGCAUGACGAACAAUUCCAUCGAGAAGACGAAUCGGGAGUUGAGCUAUCCUAGCAUCUUUGUUGAGAAGGAAAGUGUGCAUGUUGCUUUUACAUUCCAUCGCCAGUAUAUCAAAUAUGUUAGAAUAGGCGAUAUAGAGGGUUGGGUAGAUCAAGCAUAG